UUACGUUUUGUUGUGGAUCUGCGCGACUUUUGAAAAGGCCUCUUUGUCAGCACUGUCUUUGGUGGGUCGGCCUGUCGUCCCUGGCAACGUUCGUUAUGAAAACUAAACGAAAACAAAUGUGCCCAAAGACGAGACAACAUGCUCUGAAAAUUGGAAAAGCCAGACAGCGGAUACGGCCGUGGACAGCGACGUCGGCAAGUUGGGACAGCCGGGAGAGAGAUUCCAUCGCCGGAAAGGAUCCACCAAAGAAGCAUCAGCGUCAGCGUCAGUGCCACCGAGGAGCCGCCAUUCGCAUUAGCAGGACCCACCAGGACGGAGCUCCGGCGGAAGCGAACGCGGCCAGGACGACACUCGACGGCAGACUGGGGAACUGCAUAGACAUCGACUCGGUGGCCGUGGUGCAGCACAAGCUGGUGCACAGGAUUGUAGGCGGGAAGAUGUCGCCGCCGGUGCUAUACUACCUGCCGCCCAGUCCGCCCUGCCGGAGCAUCCUGCUGCUGGCCAAGAUGCUGGACUUGGACUUUGAGCUGAAGAUCGUUAAUAUUCUGGAGGGUGAGCAAUUGAAGCCGGACUUUGUGGCGAUGAAUCCGCAGCACUGUGUUCCGACAAUGAACGACGAGGGCCUGGUUCUCUGGGAGAGUCGGGCAAUCCUGGCCUAUCUGGUGGCCGCUUACGGUAAGAGCGAUGCACUUUAUCCUACUGAUAUUCGGGUGCGGGCUUUGGUGGACCAGCGCCUCCACUUUGAUCUGGGUACCCUCUACAUGCGACUCACGGACUACUAUUUCCCCACAAUGUUUAUAGGAGCCCCUCUAGAUGAGGGAAAACGAGCCAAGCUCACGGAGGCUGUCGGCUGGCUAAACUCGAUUCUGGAGGGAAGACAAUACGCUGCUGCUGAACACUUCACCAUUGCCGAUCUCACUCUCCUGGUCACCGUUUCCCAGCUGGAGGCCUUCGAAUUUGAACUUCGACCCUAUAAGCACAUCCGGCAGUGGCUAGAUCGCUGCAAGGAUCACAUGGCACCGUUCGGCUACGAGGAGAUAAACGUUACCAAGGCCAAUCUUCUGGCGGAUAUGUUCAAGGCCAAGAUGAACCAGUCCGGUGGCUCCUAA